UUAACUUCUUCUAAGUCAAGUUGUGCUCCAAUGCAAAACUAAAUAUCUUUAUUUAUACCCAUCUUCUCUCUCACUUUUAUUCAACCAAAAGCAUUCUUCUUAAUAAGGUUUCAUGAUGACGACCAUGUCGGAAUCACUUUCGCGUUUGCAUUUUCUCUUCCUGCUCUUACUCUGUUGUGUCUCCCCUUCAAGCUUCUAUACUUUACAAAAUCCUGUUGUUGGCCUUGUUUCAUGUCACCACCACAAGAUUCAAGCCUUCACGCAGUUCAUGAACGAGUUUGACACCCGUGGUUGCAACCACAAUGACUCUUUUAAUGGAGUAUGGUGCGAUAAAUUGACGGGUGCGGUCACGAAGCUACAGCUCAGGGAUUGUCUCAGUGGAACUCUGAAGCCAAACAGUAGCCUCUUUGGGUUUCAUCACCUCCGUUAUCUUGAUCUCUCUCAAAACAAAUUCACCUCCGCUAAACUCCAUUCCGAGUUUGGCAAUCUCGACAAAUUAGAGGUUUUAUCUCUUUCCUUUAAUGGCUUCCGUGGCCAAGUUCCUUCCUCAUUUAGUAACCUAAACAUGCUAUCCAUUUUAGACCUUUCCCAUAACGAGCUCACCUGUAGUUUUCCACUUGUCCGAAACCUAAGCAAGCUCUCCUAUUUAGACCUUUCCCAUAACGAGCUCAUCGGUAGUUUUCCACUUGUCCGAAACCUAAGCAAGCUCUCCUAUUUAGACCUUUCCCAUAACGAGCUCAUCGGUAGUUUUCCACUUGUCCGAAACCUAAGCAAGCUCUCCUAUUUAGACCUUUCCUAUAAUCACUUGUCUGGAAAACUGAAUUCCAACAAUAGCCUCUUUGGGCUGCACCACCUUCGUUACCUUGAUCUUGGUUUCAACAACUUCAGUUCCUCACUCCCUUCCGAAUUUGGCAAUCUCAACAAAUUAGAGGUCUUUACUCUUACCUCUAAUGACUUUUCUGGUAGAAUUUUCCCCACAAUUAGUAACUUGACCCGGUUAAUUGAGUUGCGCCUUGACCUAAAUAAGUUCACUGGUAGUUUCCCACCUGUACAAAAUCUAACUAAGCUCUCCAUUCUAGCACUUGGAUAUAAUCAAUUCACCGGGACCAUUCCUUCGUACCUCCUCACUUUGCCUCUCUUAUCAGUUCUUGAUUUGCGAGAUAAUCAUCUCUUUGGUUCUAUUGAAGUUUCUUCUAACUCCUCAACCUCAUCCAGGCUCGAGGUCAUGUUGAUUGGGGUUAACCAAUUUGAAGGAAAAAUCCUAGAGCCUAUCUCAAAGCUCAUUAACCUCAGGGUGCUCGACCUCUCUUUCCUAAACACCAGCUACGUGAUUGAAUUAAACCUCUUAUCUUCUCUCAAAUCUUUGGUGAAUUUCGGUAUUUCGGGCAGCAGUAUAUCUCAGGCCAGUUUGAGGUCAGAUUCAAGCAUCCCGUUGACCAUCGAGUCGUUGGGUUUGUCGGGAUGUGGCAUCAAAGAGUUCCCAAACAUUUUGAAGACCCUUCCGAAGUUGACGAUUUUAGAUUUAUCCAAAAAUAGAAUCAAAGGGAAAAUCCCUGAGUGGUUAUGGAGCCUUCCUCGUCUCAGCAUAGUAGAUAUUGCAGAUAAUUCAAUCAAUGGUUUCCCUGAGUGGUUCGGCGGAAGUUUUAGUAAAUUCAUAUGUGCAGACAUUGAUUUUGGAUGGAAACAGUUUUGAAGGAUUACUUCCUGAUCUACCACUCUCUAUCACCGUCUUCUCAGCAGAGGUUAAUAGUUUCGAGGGAGAGAUACCUCUUUCAAUCUGCAACAGAAGCUCUCUUGCUUUUCUUGAUCUAUCUGACAACAAGUUAAGCGGUCCAAUUCCUCAAUGUUUGAGUAAUUUCGAACUUGUGUAUCUUCAGAACAACAACCUGGAAGGAAGUAUCCCUGGCGCGCUCUGUGCCGAUGCUUCUCUACGGACACUCGAUGUUAGCUAUAAUCAAUUAACAGGGAAGCUUCCAAGGUCUCUUGUAAAUUGCUCAUCUCUCAAGUUUCUAAACGUCAGAAACAACAGAAUUGAAGACACGUUUCCGUUCUGGCUCAAAGCUUUACCGAAUUUGCAAGUCCUUUCCCUUCGCUCAAACAAAUUUUAUGGUCCAAUAUCUCGUCCUCAUCAAGGUCCUCUCGGGUUUCCUGAUCUGCGAAUAUUUGAGAUAGCUGACAAUAGAUUUACUGGAAGCUUGCCACAAAGUUACUUUGUGAAUGAAUACGAGGGUUUAUAUUUGAUAUACCAGAAGGACCUGUACGGUGGAGGAACCUAUGGAUUUAUGGAUUUAAUAGAUUUGCAAUACAAAGGUCUAUCUAUGGAGCGAUCAAGGGUUCUUACUUCUUAUGUCGUCAUUGAUUUUUCUGGUAACAAGCUUGAAGGUCAGAUUCCUGAAACCAUUGGUCUCUUGAAGGCGUUGAUUGCACUCAACUUAUCGAAUAACGCCUUCACAGGCCAUAUUCCUCUAUCUUUGGUCAAUCUUAAGGAACUCGAGUCACUAGACAUGUCAAGAAACCAACUCUCAGGGACUAUUCCUAAUGGACUGGGGAGCCUCUCGUUUUUGGAGUACAUAAAUGUGUCUCAUAACCAACUCACAGGAGAAAUACCACAAGGGCCACAGAUCAUGGGGCAACCUGAAUCCUCCUUUGAAGGGAAUGCUGGUCUUUGUGGUUUUCCAUUGGAGGAGACUUGCUUUGGGAGUAAUACGCCACCAACACAGCAGCCCAAAGAAGAAAACGAGGAAGAGGAACAAGUGUUGAGCUGGAAAGCAGUGGCCAUAGGAUAUGGACCUGGAGUGUUGGUUGGAUUAGCAAUAGCACAACUAAUUUCCUUAUACAAGCCGGAGUGGCUCGCAAAGAUAAUUGGUCCGAAGAAGCGCAUAAACCGUUAGGACUGUUUCAGUUUGGGUUUGAUCCUUCAAUGUAUGUCAAGUGGUUGUGUUGGUUUUGUAUUGAACUAUUUCCUUGUGUUUGUUGUGUAAGCUUUAUCUAAUAUUUGUUUUCUUUC